UACACAGACACAGCUCCAGGGCAGUGCUAGAAAGGCCUCUCUGGGAUACAGUCCCCAAGGGCAGGGCUGGGCUGCUACACAGGAGCCCUCCAAGGCAAGGCUGUUAGAAAGAAGCUGUCCAAGAAUCAGGCAGAGACUCUGUACUCAAACCAGCCUUCGAUACAGACGGAGACCUGCUGGAAUACCUGCUAAAUCUGGGGCGCAUUGACAGAAAGGAUGGAUUGCUGGUCACCUGGUACCAUUCUGCUAACCAAAAGAGUGAACUGGAAGAUGCCUUGAAGAGUGGCAUGAUGGUCCUGGAAGCUGAUGUCAACCUAGAAGGACUUAACACUCCUAAUGAGACCGACAAGCCCAUCAUGGCACAUCCCCCUGCUAUUUACAGUGACAACUCUUUUCAGGAAUGGCUGGACACUGUCCUGAACUCAUCCAGCAGAGGUAUCAAGCUAGAUUUCAAAAGCAUCAAGGCAGUUGGCCCAUCUCUGGAUAUUUUACUAAAGAAAUCCUCAGAAGUGAAGAUCAACAGGCCUCUGUGGUUAAACGCAGAUAUUCUAAUGGGUCCCAAUGUCCCCAUCAACACUGCAGUUAACGCAAGUUUAUUCCUCUCACUCAUUCAGGAGAAGUACCCAAACUGCACUCUCUCUCCGGGCUGGACAACUCUCUAUUCAUCUUGGUUCCCCAACAAAACCUACACUCAGAAAAUGAUUCAAGAGAUGCACAGCAUCGUGAGGACACAGCCCCAAAGAGUCACGUUCCCCGUCAGGGCCGUCAUGGUGAGAUUGGCUUGGCCUCAUUUCAGCUGGCUGCUGGCUCAGUCAGAGAGGUACAGCCUGACUCUGUGGCAGGGGAAGACGGACCCCAUCACCGUGGAAGAUCUCCUCUUCAUCCGGGAUAACAGCCAGGCUGAACAAAUCUAUUAUGACAUUUAUGAUCCGGUUCUGUCUCAGUUCAAGGAAGCAGCAUUGAAAUCACCAAGAAAGAGAUUCUACUAUCCUGGAGGCAAUUUGCUAGAUUACUUCCACCCCACAGAUGCCGAUGGACUGUGGAUAGAGUGGCAUGGGAUAGAUCAUGAUAAGAACAUGCUGGAAACAUUCUCAGUUCUUAAAGACGAGAGCGGCAUGAUAGCUCUGGACAUUGCAUUGCAGAACAGCACCAGGGGAAAUCUCAUUCCGGUUGCACUCUAUCCAUCAGCAGGGCUCCCCCUGCAGCAGUGCCUGGAUACAGUAUUCAGACAUCUCAAUCCUUGCGGGGUGUACCUGAACAUAACAGAACCCAGGGCACUUCCCCCUACGCUGGAGCUCCUUAGUACGCUCUACACCCAGAAUCUCCUAUGGAACCCCGUCUGGAUCAGCAUGGCUGUCUCCUUUGGAAGCUUCAAGACACCAGGAUACAUACAAGGUGAAGAAUUCCUAACAGCCAUCAACACCAUUUUCCCAUACGUUACCAUCGCCCCCGCCUGGCCCAGGGAAGUGCUAAGGGCUGGUUACACUGACCCAUUGGUAGAAGACAUGCUCACACUCUGUAAGGAUCUCUGGCAACAAGUGUCAUUUCAGCUGGAGGCUGCGCCCUUGAGUAGAUCAUGGCUGGCCACUACAAAGCUGCUAGAGGUUUCCCCCAACUACACCAUCACCGUGUACCAUGGUUACUUAGAGAGUAGCUACUGUGAUGGCUUCCCAGGACUCCGGUCUCUCCGAACACAUACACAGAAAAGGGUCUAUUACAAGAUAUCAAGACAAUGCAGAAAUGCUUUGGUGGUGGAUGUCUGAACUUCUUAGAACUUCCCCAAGAGUCUGGUUAGUGACCCCAGCUUUCCCAGGACACACUGUUGGAUAAACUUCUCUUCUGAGCGAUCCGCCUUGGCAAGCCUUCCUCCGGCAAUCACAGUUGUGGCAGGCUUGUCACUGGCUGCUGCAGGCGGGGGACUGGGCUUUCGAGCUAUUCUUGGAGUG